CUCGAACUUGUUUUUGGUUCAUCUCUCAAAACCAAAAUCACUAAAGAGGAGAAGAUUGCUAAAGUUUGAUAAAACAUUCCAAAAUCAAUGGCUGAUAGGAUCAAAGGUCCAUGGAGUCCUGAAGAAGACGAGCAGCUUCGUAGGCUUGUUGUUAAAUACGGUCCAAGAAACUGGACAGUGAUUAGCAAAUCUAUUCCCGGUAGAUCGGGGAAAUCGUGUCGUUUACGGUGGUGCAACCAGCUUUCGCCGCAAGUUGAGCAUCGGCCGUUUUCGGCUGAGGAAGACGAGACGAUCGCACGUGCUCACGCUCAGUUCGGUAAUAAAUGGGCGACGAUUGCUCGUCUUCUCAACGGUCGUACGGACAACGCCGUGAAGAAUCACUGGAACUCGACGCUCAAGAGGAAAUGCGGCGGUUACGACCAUCGGGGUUACGAUGGUUCGGAGGAUCAUCGGCCGGUUAAGAGAUCGGUGAGUGCGGGAUCUCCACCUGUUGUUACUGGGCUUUACAUGAGCCCAGGAAGCCCAACUGGAUCUGAUGUCAGUGAUUCAAGUACUAUCCCGAUAUUACCUUCCGUUGAGCUUUUCAAGCCUGUGCCUAGACCUGGUGCUGUUGUGCUACCGCUUCCUAUCGAAACGUCGUCUUCUUCCGAUGAUCCACCGACUUCGUUAAGCUUGUCACUUCCUGGUGCCGACGUAAGCGAGGAGUCAAACCGUAGCCACGAGUCAACGAAUAUCAACAACACCACUUCGAGCCGCCACAACCACAACAAUACGGUGUCGUUUAUGCCGUUUAGUGGUGGGUUUAGAGGUGCGAUUGAGGAAAUGGGGAAGUCUUUUCCCGGUAACGGAGGCGAGUUUAUGGCGGUGGUGCAAGAGAUGAUUAAGGCGGAAGUGAGGAGUUACAUGACGGAGAUGCAACGGAACAAUGGUGGCGGAUUCGUCGGAGGAUUCAUUGAUAAUGGCAUGAUUCCGAUGAGUCAAAUUGGAGUUGGGAGAAUCGAGUAGACAAAGUGAGAUUAUUAGGAAACUGUUUAAAUUGGAGAAGAAGAAAAAUGCUCUGUUUUUUUCUCCUUUGGAUUAGGCUUAAGAAUUUUGGGUUUUAAGGAAAUGUAUAGAGGAAAUCGAGUGAACAAAGCUCGAGAGCUGGGGACGUAGUGACGAAGACGAAGAUCAAAUUUCUCUUAAGCUAUUCAGGAAAAUAAAAUAAAUUUUUAUUUAUAACUACGCUUAAUGAUGAUAAUAGAUCAAAUUAAUACACAAAGUAUCACAAAGUGAAAGAUAAAUGAUCCAGUUAAAGAACAAGUUUGUCGAGGAUUGGUAAAGACUUGCAUUUGGCAACUAAAGGCACAGAUUUGGGCAUGGUAAGACCCUUUCCUUCCGACAUGUCAACGGCAACGUCAUUGUCUCUCUCCCAAUCGAAACACUGGAUCAAUGAGCCUAAAGCUAAGCUCAGUACUAGUUGGGCCAGGCCCAUACCAGGACAUGCUCUCCUACCGAUUCCGAAAGGCAGAAACUUACCACGAUGGGUCUCUGAUUCAAACCUCUCUGGUUUGAAAGUUUCUGGGUCAUCCCAUACAUUUGGGUCUCUCUGAAUAGCCCACGCAUUGAUAAAUAGCCAGGUGCGACGUGGAAUGUCAAAUCCAGCGACUUCACAGUCAGUGGAUGAAGCGUGUGGGACAAGUAAGGGCGCCGCCGGAAACAAACGAAGAGUCUCAGAGAUCACAUUGUUGAGAUAGGGACACUUGCCAGUAUCUGAUUCCUCAAACACACGCCCUUCUUUCGAAACCUCGUUUAGUUCCGUUUUGAGUUUCCUUAAAACUUCCGGAUGAUUUAGAAGGUUAGCCAUAGCCCACUCCAACGUCACUGCGGUUGUGUCCGUUCCAGCAAGCAACAUCACCUGCAAUGAAUCCUUUGAAUCUUUGAUGAAUCAAUCUUGAUCACUCCUAUUAACGAUUCAAAAUUAUAGGAAUUAAAAACUCAUGUAC